UUUUAUCAUAUUUUCAGUAGGUGCGAUUGAUAAGUUGCAAGGGGCGUAGGGAUUCACUCGCUCAUUUCGUUUUUUGUGAUCCAACAGACAGGUUUGUCUCCCAAAAUAUUAUUAGGAAUAAUAAUUGCGAGUGAGGGAGUAUACAGAGACUGAGAAGAAUGAAGGGCCUGGUCACGCUGUGUUUUGUGAUCAGUUGGACAGUGAUUUGUGGUACAGUGUUAGCUCAAAAUGAUGUGGAUUAUGAAAGUGAUAAAAGUCAAGAUGAUUUGGAGGAAUUAUCCAGAUUGCUAAAAGAAGAAGAACUAUUUAAAACCAACUUAAAAAGACUUUAUAAUGUUUUGAAUGAUGACGAUGGCGAGGAAGCUUGGGAAACUUGUGAGGAUAAGGAAUUGAAGUGCCCUACUAAAACUUCGAAAUGCGCCGGUGGUCCAAACACUUUCUAUUGUGCAUGCGAAGAUGGUUAUAAACCUAAAAGUGGAAAUGAAAUCAACAACAAAGAAGGAUGUGUAGGCAAGUGAUUAUUGAAUUGAUAA